AUGGGGGACACAGCCGAGCCCGACGGCACUGGUGGGGCUGCGGCGGCAUCCAAUGGUGGUGCCCUGACUGGGGUGCAGGGGCUGGUUCAAGCCUUGCACGGCUUGAUCGAUGUCCAGAGGAGCACGGGGUUUACGAAACACUUGAAACCCCCUUCGGUGUUUGCCCCAGAGAACCGUGGUGACGAGCUCAACAAAUGGAUGGAUUGGAGAUUCCAGUUCGAGACCUUCAUAGGAGCUGUUGACCCAUCCAUGCUGUCCCACAUGAAGCAAGCCGAGAAGGAAGAAAACUCGAUCAACGAUGGACUUCCCUCGGUCAGGCUUCAUAUACAGAUGACGCUGCAAGAUGACACUACGUUUGAGGAUUUGAGGCAGCGCAUUGAGAUGUAUGAGCAGGUGAGUCAACGAUGGUCGAGCGAUGGAGGCCUGCAGAUGGGUGUGAAGCCUUUGAUGGAUCAAGGAGUCAGGAGUCUGAGAUUGGUCACGCCAACCGGGCUGGCUACGAUGGAGAUCUUUGACCUGACGGAGGAUGACUCGCCUGAGGAGUUGAUGGCGGAGGACGAGGAUGAGUCAGCCUUGCAAGUGAUGGCCAUCCGGGAGUACGACAAGAAUCCGGAUGAGGCGGAGGAGAUCUUCUACGACUGCCAGAGCAGUGAGGAGAGUGAGCCAUUGUGUACUCCAUCGAUGGAAGAUACACGAAGUGAUGCCCUACGAGCCCAAUCCGAAGAUGACAAGGGCCAAAUUCAGAAAGUGUGCAUGGUGAGGAACGAGACUCCCAAUGUCGUGAUGACGCUUGAUUCGGGAGCAGAUGUGUCAGUGGCGCCAGAGCAGUACUACGCCCUGGGACUACCUGGCCAGCAACGUUCCAUUUGCAUGAUGGAUGCUCAAGGAGGUGCCAUCAAGAGCGCUGGAAACAGGCGACUUCGACUUCAAGCCUACACCAGAGCAGGCGAGAUGGUGGAAUUCGUGGAACAGUUUGCCCUGGGUGUGGGUGUAACGCACCCGUUGAUGAGUUUUGGACGGUUGCUCAAGCAAGGCUGGGUGCUAUCUCGAGACAGUCAAGGCCUUUACGUGGAGCACAAGGAGAAAGGCCUGAUGAUCCCAGCGCGGCUUGAGCGAAAUUCAUUGGUCAUGGACGUGAGAGUUUGUGCAGUCCGGGCUGAGGACAAUGAGACACAGGAGAUGGAGGCCAUGGCUGCGAAUGACAGGGACAGCCAAGAGGUUGCACUGAACGUGGCAGCAGAAUCCCACUCCAUGGACAGAGGAGUGAAGAGGAGUGUUGAGAAGAAAGAGAAGGAGGAGAUGAAUGAUGAGGAAGACCAGCAGAUGUUGGCCUUGAUGCAAGAAUUAUCUCAACAGGUUGAGCCGGAUGCCCCAGCGGAUCAUGUCGAGGAGACCCCUCCAAAGAAGUUGAAAGGUGAAGGAGUCGAAGACAACCAGAGAUCACCAGGCUACACCACAGAGGAGUCAGGGGAGGUCAUUGUGGAGGCCAGCAGCAGUGAAGAUGGAAAGGUGCAAGCCCGCAUGGCGAGAUGGCAGAAUUGGAAGUUGCGGAAAGGCAUAGUGAAGGAGGAACCCAUGGAGUUGUCGGACAGCCCCGUAGCGGAUGUGAUCGAGGACAGUCACGUGUUCCCGGUUAGAGGAGAAGCAACAAGCUUGUAUGGGUUCAUCUCAAGAGAACUGGCACUACUGGAGAAGAUGCCCGGCUGGCAUGCUCUGCCCAAUGGCAUCGUUGUCCAUUCCAGUCCUCAAGCAACUCACUUUCUGGACCCGAGCAUGGCCUUUGGUCCAGAAUGGUGUGGACGGAUGACGUUGUUGAAGAAGAAGGACAACAGUGGAGCAUGGGAACAGGUGGAAAGUCCAGUGAGCCAGUAUCCCUUGUUGAGCGGGGAGCCAUCCUCGUGGCCGGACGAUGAGAGGGAUGAAGAAGGAGGCGAACUGCCAAUGUUGGCCGCUGGAAGUGGUGGACGACCAGAGAUUGUGGAGGAUGUGGCCUUUGUGGACCCUGAUGAACUGCGGAUCCAAAUAGAUGAAGCCUGGUUUGACAAGGAGACAAAGUUGAAGGAUUUGCAAGAAGUUUGCAAGCAGUUGGGCUUGGCAACAUCCGGUUCCAAGAUCAAGGUGUUGCGACGACUCCAAAGCUACAAGCAUCACCAGGAGGAGAAGAUGGCGUAUGAGGUCGCCCAGAGAUUGUUCAGUGAGAGCAGACGAGAGGCCAUUCCGCUGACAACACCAAAGCUGCCAAGCCGUCACGAGCAAGAGCUUCAUCAACUCACGCACUUGCCUUUUCAGCCCUGGUGUCAGCAGUGCGUCGCUACUCGAUCGAGAGAGGAUCCCAGGACAAAGGAGGAUCAGGCUGACCGGAAGGAUCGAGGGAGACCCGUGAUCAGCUUUGACUACGGGUUCACAUACACCACUGGCAUCCUGAUGAAGACAAAGUUUGCAGCACGUCAACGACUGGCAGAUGCGGCAGAGGAUGCAGUGGGCGAUGAGCAGGUGGAGAAGGAGGCCAAACUGAUCGGAGAGCAAGAGAUAAAGACGAAAGAGGACCUGAAGAAGAACACCGGCAAGCUAGCGAAGACCCUCGGAGCGAAUGCAAGAGUUGCAGUGGUGAUCGCAUUGUCUCUACUGCAAGGGGGUCAAGGGGCAGACACUCAGGAGCAUGAGACAGAAGAGAAUGAAGGCACGGACACAUGGUGGGUUCGGCUGCUGAUCACUAUGAUCUGUUUGGCAAGUGUUGGGGCCUUGAGCUUGGCACGGCUGACUUUGCAGACAGUGCAGACAUGGUGCAGCAGGAGACGAGGCCAUCGACAACCCGUGCAACGACGUGAAGAAGAGGAGGAUGCGGAUGACCCGCAUGUGAGAAGAGGAUUGCAGGAAAGCACCGACCAGCAUGAAGAGCCGCACUACGAGAAUGACCCUGAGAAGGUGAACAUGCAGUGGCAAAUAGUUCACCUAGAGGUGGCUGUGGCCGAGCAAGAAGAGAGAUUGAAAGAAGCUCGAGAAGAACGUGACCGGCAAGCACGUGAAGUGGUGAGAAUGUACAAUAUGUGCUCUGAGCUGCGCUUCGAGCUUGAAGCAGUGAAGGAAGAGAAGGACAAAGCCCAGAAGAAGGCUAUCCAGGAGUUAGCCUACAACGCCGAAGGCUUGUCGCUUGACUUCUACCGCGACUACAACACUUCGUGGAGACAGCCAGCGCAAUUCUUCACCCGGAUUGAAAAGAUCAACAGGUCCAAGCUGAUGGUUUGCGAAGACACUUCCUUGAUGAAUGUGGAGGUGAUUAAGGUGUACCUGGAAAUCACUGGCGAUCAUGAAGGUGUUUCCCAAGGCAAUGAGAGCAUCCGUGGCCGAUGCUUUGACCAACAUUUUUGGUAUGCACCUGCUUGCCGGAGCAAUGCAUCCAGUUGCAUUCUUAGCGUUACUGGGGGCACUGGUUGGGGCAUCAGCGAAAUGCUGCAGAAGGCCACUUUGCUGGGCAUGCCGUUGGCGUGGGCUACAGCCAAUGGCUGGGAGGCAUACACUUCCUUGCCAAUGGACUACGACGCGGUCUUUUAUUGGUGGACACCCGAUCCCACCUUUCUCAGGUUGAAUGCCAAGACCAUCAUUUUCCCUGCGCAUGAUGCGGUUGAGUGGAGCAAAAACAUUCGAGGGACCGCUGCGACACGCGUCCAGAUUGACAAGUAUAUCAGUCAGGACUGA